UGUUUCCUCGUUCUUGUGCACCUCCUCCGUAUUACUGUUUUCUUCUUCAAACAAGACGACCCCAGCUUUUGCCAUGAGGAUCUUGGUAUCCCCAUACACUACUUUCCACAUGAUGAGGGCCAUGAGCGGGGCUCCCAGUCGCCGCCACAGUGUCGGUGGCAAGCGUGAUACAAUGACGAACACAAUUUGGACGCCAAACGUAUAGAGCGAAAUGUGAAAGGAUCGGAAUCCUCGUGCCCGCACUUCUUGCGUGGCAUCCAAAAAAGGUGUCACAUCCCGUCCCAUGCCCACCGCCGUACGACCAUACACGGUCAUUAAGGAAAAAAUAAAGGUGGCAUGCAAUCCCGUCAUCAUGCCCAUGGCAGAUGCCGUAAUGGAAAUCAAAUCCAACAUCCACGAAGUGGAAUCCCAUGUCCAUUGACGACUCAGCAAAUCAAAGAAUUGAAUCGAUGUGGCCAACGUCAAGGCACUGACGACGGCGUAGACUUCGAAACCGUCCAGACGAAAACCGGCUCGAUCCAAUGCGGUGGCUUGUGGUACAGGUGGUGGUGUGAGGAUGACCGUGUUGGUGCAUUCUUGUGAUUGUUGUUGCGGAGAAACUGGAUGGCAGCUGCUUGUGAACAUUGGCGUGUUUGGCGCCUCCUCCUCAGCCGUCCCUUUGCUAGUGGCGGCGGCCGAAGGAUUGGAGGCUGCGGCAGACGCCGUCAAAAUAGUAGGGGGACUCUGGAUCUCAUUCCUAAAAAAUUCCAACCGAGCGUUUGUCAAUUCGCCACUGUCCUGAUGAUGCCAAUUCAUUGCUUCUGAUAGAGAAUGACCUGACCCAUUCCGUAUUGUUGGCGGCCCACCAUUGUCAUCAUCAUCAUCCGUGGCCAGCAGUAGCACACCAAUAGACGCAAAAGAAGAUCGAGUGGGUAUCAGGAAUGGGUUGGACCGUUGAAAGGUAGCAACCGCAUGACACCAAGGAAUCUUCUUCGCAAGAAAGAUGGAGAGCAGAUCCAACGGCGAGCAUCGGCCACAACAUCGUCCCAUGAUGCCACCGUCGAGUCAAGUCUCUGCAAUACUGGUAUGUAGACUCUGUAGAGGACCCCUGUCUUGAUUAUGCGAGAAUCAAGAAGCAAAGUGGCGCGGCUUGUUGAUGGCGUUAAAUUAUUGGAUCUUGGCUCCGUCUACAUGUAAUUAAUUAACAGUCCCGCUAGCAUUAGAUUUUAUAUUGGAGUACAGGUGUGCUUUAAUUCCUGUCACCGUCAACUUUGAAAACUUGUGCACUUACUAGUAGCUCUUAAUUAACGAUCCCCAGAAACAAGUGCAAACAGUCAUUGUGGACUUCCCUGGAAACAUCAAUGCAACCCUUCCACGCGACCAUGGUAUCUACAGUACCGGAGCCAGCAAUUCCUUCCGGUACACAUGUACCAACGGUACACUUCCACUUUCCGCUCUUCGAAUUCCGCUGUCAAAAGUCUCAACAACCCGCGGACCCAUCUCCAUCUCCCUCCGCCCUCGUUGUCCUAGAAAACGAACGAGUGGAGUAACUCCCAAUAGAUCUCUUCCCCUGCUAUCUCACCCAUCCAUCCAUCAAACCAUGAAUAACACGGAUGAUGCCGCAGACAGGAAAGCUGUGGUUGCUAGAAUCUUGGAGUGCCCGGCCCGUGACGAAGGAAGCGGACAAAGACUAGUUUCGACGAGUCGAAUGGCCAAGCGCUGCCCACCAGCAGAACAAGCUACCUCUCAAAGGCAUGGUGGAGGCAGCAGCCGUAGUAGAUUGUCGGAAUCCACCGUCGCCCGCAAAGGCAUGAUUGACAACAUCCUAACACAUCCGGGAGUUUUCGACACUACCAGUAGUAUCCAUGGUUCCAUCACAAGCCACACCAGCCACACAACCUUUACAACAGAGUCAUCCGAUGCACCAUCCACCCCAGGGGCCUUUCGUCAGCGUGGAAUUAUUAAUACUGCGACUUUCAACGAACCACAAAUGGAGCUACCAGACCAACCAAUCGAGCCAGAAGCCUCCAAUAAAGGACACGACAACCACCACUUGCCCAACCUCGGUGACGUUGACACAAUAGUCACAGCUGCCAAGGUCUACGAUGAUGAGGAGGAAAACCUAGAGGCCCGGUUACAAGAAGAAAUCCCUCGAAUGGAAGAAGAGAUCCGGGCCAGAAUCAUUCAUGAAGCUGUCGAGGCCAAUGUCGUUCCAAAUGAUGGAUUUCGGAGAACUAUUCGGUGGGUCGCGCUCGUAGUGCUGGUGGGAAUUGUUGCCAGUGCCAGCUUUUUACAUGUCGGCAUUCGGGCCGAACAGGACCGACAACACGACGAAUUUCAGAAACAUGCGGGUGAAUUCGCAAGAAAAGUUGGCAAGGAAUGGAGAGAUUAUGAAAUGGGUGCCAUGUGGGUGCAUGAUCGAUGUCGGGAUUGGAGAACCACCAACUUUACGGCAGGCGACUUUGAGAUACUCUACAAUUAUCUGCUGGACACCGGACUCAAGUUUGCCUAUGUGGAAUGGGUCCCCAAUGUCACCCAUGAGGAACGACCAACUCUGGAAGCAGAAGCCUACGAGUACUACAAACAUCAUCAUGACCCAUUAUUGGUGAACUACACCAGUUUCUAUGGGCUGGAACCAGAUCCUGACAAUCCAGAGUCGCUCAUUAUAGCUCAUCCACGAUCGGAGAGGCCCUUCUACUUCCCCGUUGCCUUCAAGGAGCCAAUGAGCUCUGGCAUCAAUCUCGACUUGUUCAGUAUUCCAGAUGAACGCAAAGUGAUUUUACGAGCGCUGGAAACCAUGGAAAUGCAACUAACACCUCCGUUGUACCUGGUGGGGGAUGGCCCCACAGAAGGCUACAGUGUGAUACUGUACAGUCCAGGAGCACGCAUGCCUGGAAAAUUCCAGAUCAAACCCCGAGAUCUGUCCAACUUGAUUGUCCGGAUUCCAGAACUUUUAGAGCAAGUGGCUAGAUUCCAACGCACUAGCCUCUCCAUUUACCUGUACGACUCUCCAGUUCAUCAAGAAGAAGAGGAAGCUGCGCCUCCCAAGUUUAUGGGUGGACUUCAUGUCAAGGUACCUACUAGUGGAGGAGAAGACAGUGAAUUGACAUUGGCUGCAGAAGACCUUCAAGAACAUUUCAGUGAUAGUUCGAAUGGCCUGCACUACUAUGAGGAGCAGCUCUUGAUUGGCAAUCGAAAGUGGACUGUUGUGGUGGCACCCAAUGAUGACACAUUCAAUGCAAGGAUUGGAAUGGUAAUCUUCAGUGGAAGCUUGAUCUUGGCUGCAUCUCUGCUAUUGGCUGCUUGGAUGCUGCAUUCUUUUCGACAAUCCCUGCACAUGAAAUAGGGUGUGUGAAGCAGUUUCAAGAACACGAAAAGAAUCCAUUGUUGGAACUAUUGUAUAAUUUUAAAAGAAUUUUGUUGCUUUUUG